ACGUAUUAUUAUUGCUAAUCUUGUUGAGAGUUUCAGUGAAAGAGAAUGUCAGAAGUUGUAAAUUUGUCAUCAUCUCUGCGAUCUUUAAACCCAAAGAUCUCAGCUUUGGUUCCUCCAUAUCUCUCUCGUCAAACCUCGAGCUUAUUCUCUCAACCGAGAUACUUCAAAUUUCAUUCUUUUACCGAUAAAAUCUGUUUGGCAGCGGAGAGAUUCCGAGAAGUCGAUGCCCUGAAGCAGGACGGUGGUUUGCAAGAGCUCGAUGACUCGCCGGUGUCUGUUGAGCUCGGACCGAUCUGUGGCGAGAGCCACUUUGAUCAAGUGAUGGAGGAAGCUCAGAAGCUUGGUGAAUCAGUUGUAAUUGUCUGGAUGGCAGCUUGGUGCAGGAAAUGUAUUUACUUGAAACCAAAACUCGAAAAGCUGGCUGCUGAAUUCUAUCCAAGACUGCGGUUUUAUCAUGUUGAUGUCAACGCUGUGCCAUAUAGACUUGUUUCCCGUGCAGGAGUUACGAAAAUGCCAACGAUUCAGCUAUGGAGAGAUGGUCAGAAACAAGCUGAAGUUAUUGGCGGCCACAAAGCGCAUUUUGUGGUUAACGAAGUCAGGGAAAUGAUAGAGAACGAUUCAAUCAGUUGAAUUGCGGUCUCAAGGCUCUGCUCUUUUUUCCUCAGAUUGUUCUUAGUUUUUUGGGGUCACUCAUAGGAAUGUUCAGUUAUGGGAGUAUGUGUUCUGUAACUUGAACUAUCGGUUGAUUGGUCUUGUUUUUUUAUCUGUUCUGUAACUAGACUAUUGGAGUAAGGGAAACACAUUGAGGCUUUGGUAAGCAAGAAUUGUAGCCAUCCUAUAUCGGUUGAUACCCACAAAUGUAAUGUAAUUGUAGACUCUUACUUAUUUAUAAGAUCAAUACAACUUUUAUUGAAAAGAA